CCUCUGGGUGGAGUAAAUCUAUCUCCUGGUACACAGAAAAAUGCCAGAAGGGAAAAAUUCAAGUGGGGCAAUUAAGUUUGUAUCCAUGGAGUGCCAUGGGAGGGCCCUCGCUUUUAAGUUCUCAUAUAUCUGGCUCCGCUCUAUAGACGGACAUUUAAGAAUGAGAAGUUAAAUGCCCUUUCCCCCAAAUUUUCCACUUGAUGACUAACUUGAUUGUAUGGUUUAAUCUGCUACACACUGCUAACCACAACCAACAGCGAUUUAACAACAGAGCAAGAGCAAACAGAGAGCUUCACCGUGUUUUGUUCUCUGACAUAUACUGACAGCAGCUACGCCAUUUCCUGAGUUUCUAGUCAUGCAAUUUUCCUUCAGGUCUUGCAUUAAAAGGCUCCCGCAGGCCAGUUUAGCCACCUGCACGGAUUGGGUUGUUAGUCCUGCCCAGGGGAGGUGGACAUGUUCCUGGUGUAAAGCAGCAUCCGAGCCUCUUCGACCCACCUCCCCCGGCACUUCGUGGGCCAGGGUGUUGAAAACCCCAACUCGGUGUCUUUACCAGCUUAUCCUGCUUGAGGGCACACCACAUUUCUGCACUGGGGUUGGGUUAUUUCUUUAAAAGCUCAGACUUGGGUUGAUGUGGAAGAGAAAUAAAUGGCUGAACACUUACAGAGGAGGAGGAUAAAGUGAACCUGUUCCAAGUGGUUCCUCCAGCAGCCUCGUGCAGCUCUUCAAGCUACCUGCGAAGGUUGCUGCCCCCUUCAGUUAGGCUGGUAAAGCUUCAAUCUUUUAAUGGUGGCAGGAGGGGAGGAUUUCACUAAAAGCCUGGUUAGCCCAGCAGUGUGGAGCCUGUCCCCGUGAGCAUCCCACAGCAUCUGAAGCAGCGAUCCGCUACGCUGGACAGCCGAUGACUGGUGCAAACCGAAGCGAUCUGAACCUUAACUGGUCUGUGUUGUCUUCUGAGACUUGAACUUAAAGUAAAACCAUAUGAGGAAACAAAGAUCAAAAAACCACUGAAGGCAACAGAAUAAAUCCAGUCUCAAGCAGACAGCUGGACGAGCGUCAAACAAAGAGAGGAACAGCUGGAUCAAAGAGACGGAAACACGGAGAAGCUGAAGAAAUGGAGCAACUAGCAAAACUCCUCCUGUGGCAGCUUGUGCUUCAGCAAAGUUCUGUUGUUUAUUUAUAUUCAGUCCCAGCCGAUGCCUCCAACCCCAACAGCGUUGUAGUGUCCGUGCUGAACAUCAGCGCCACGCUGGGGUCGCAGGCUGUCCUGCCCUGCAAGAGCUACCGCAUGGUGUGGACCCAGGAUCGCCUGAACGACCGCCAGCGCGUGGUGCACUGGGACGUGUACAGCACCUACUACGGGGACAACAAGAUGGAGAGGCUCUGUGACAUGUACUCGGCGGGGGAUCAGCGGGUGUACAGCUCCUACAACCAAGGGAGGAUCUUCAUGCCGCAGAACGCUUUUACAGACGGCAACUUCUCUCUGGUGAUCAAAGAUGUUGCAGAGAGUGACGGAGGCAUAUACUCGUGUAAUCUCCACCACCACUACUGCCACUUGUACGAAACUGUGAAAAUCCAACUGGAUAUCACCAAGAAAGCCAAAGCGGCAAAGGAGUACUGGGAUGGGGAGAAGGCCGUGAUCGUUGCCCUGGAAGGCAGCACGGUGAUGCUUCCCUGCGUGAACAGGAACCACAUCUGGACGGAGCGGCACAGCGAAGAGGAGCAGCAGGUGGUCCACUGGGACAGGCAGCCCCCGGGGGUUCCCCACGACCGCGCCGACCGCCUCAUCGAUCUGUACGCCUCCGGCGAGCGCCGCUCCUACGGCCCGCUCUUCAUUCGUCAGAAGAUGAACAUCACUGACACGGCCUUCGCCCUGGGGGACUUCUCCCUCCGCAUUUCAGAGCUGGAAAGUGCGGACGAGGGCACUUACUCCUGCCACCUGCACCACCACUACUGCGGCCUGCACGAGAGGAGGAUCUACCAAGUCUUCGUGACAGAGCCGGUGAGGGAGAAGAAGGUGGUGAACCUCACAACCCACAACACUGCCCCAGCCCUCGAUCCCAAUGUUGUCAGGGGCCACAACGUGAUAAACGUCAUCAUCCCCGAGAGCCGCAUCCACUUCUUCCAGCAGCUGGGCUACGUCCUGGCGACGCUGCUGCUCUUCAUCGUCCUCCUCAUCAUCGUUGUCCUCAUCACCCGCAAGCGCCGGCAGAGAGGCUAUGAAUACAAUGUGAAGAAAUAUGGAGAGAAGGAUGUAAAUCUUAAAGAAUUUACAGUCGACACGACAGAUCUGACUCAGUACAGAAGUGAAGACAUCAGGCUGGAUUACAAAAACAACAUCCUGAAGGAGAAGGCUGAGCAAGCCAGAACCUUCCCAGCAAAGAACAUCGACUUAGACAAAGAUUUCAGGAAGGAAUACUGUAAAUGAAGACAUUCCCAAGCUGCUGGCUGGACCAGAAGCUUCAAUCAAAGAUAGAUAAAUGGAAAAGAGAUGCCUUUUCUUGAUAUCAUGUCCCUCCAGCUACCAUACAUUUUUCAUGUAGAGUUUCUCCCCAGUAAGCACAAGGGUAUUUGCAAAUGCUUCCCAAAAGAGUUAGACCAUCUGUCUUGUGUGCACUUAUGAUGGGUUUUGGUUUACUUUUCUUCUUUUGUUCUCCCAGUCCUCCCUUCCCUUUUUCUUUCUGAUAUUAUUGUUGUUUUUAUGCAUCAAUGAUUUUUAUGAGCUGAAUCAGCAGACCUUUUGCUUUGACGUUACUGCUUAAAAUAAACCAACCUGCAUCACUA